AUGAGCACAAAAGGUUUGAAAGAUGCAAUGCAGAGCGCUGCCAAGGAGUUCCUCUCUUUUGUGGAUAAAGGGGUGUCCCCCUACCAUGUCGUUGAAGAGUGCAAGCGACAACUUUGUUCAGCUGGCUUCCAGGAGCUAAAGGAGGUCGACCACUGGGACCUGAAACCUUCCAACAAGUAUUACCUGACGAGGAACUACUCCACAAUAAUUGCCUUUGCGGUGGGAGCCAAGUACAAACCAGGGAAUGGCUUUAGCAUGAUUGGAGCUCAUACAGACAGCCCCUGCCUACGGGUGAAAGUCAGGUCGAAGAAAACGCAGGUGGGUUACCUCCAAGUCGGAGUGGAGUGUUACGGUGGCGGAAUCUGGAAUACUUGGUUUGACCGGGACCUCACCGUAGCCGGCAGGGUCGUGCUAAAGAAUGGAGACAAAAUGGAGCAUCGCCUGAUCAAUGUGGCUGACCCAGUCCUUCGUAUUCCUCACCUGGCCAUCCACCUGCAGAGAGAGAUUAAUGACAACUUUGGACCCAACAAGGAGAGCCACCUGGUUCCAAUCAUAGCUACAGCUGUAAAGGAGCAGCUAGAACUGGGAGCGAAAUCUACUGGAAAUGCCUGUGAUGCCUCUCAAAUGUCCGAGAAACACCACUCUGUCCUGCUGAACCUGCUCUGUGCUCAAUUGGGAGUCAAUGUGGACAAAAUCAUCGACUUUGAGCUAUGUCUGGCCGACACUCAGCCUGGGGCUCUGGGUGGCGCCUUCAAGGAGUUUAUAUUCGCUCCACGAUUGGAUAAUUUACACAGCUGCUACUGCGCCCUGCAGGCCCUGAUUGAAUCAUCCAAGGAGCAAGGCACACUGACUGAGGACAGCAAUAUCCGAGUGGUUACGCUGUUUGACAACGAAGAGGUGGGCAGCGAGAGUGCUCAGGGGGCAGGCUCCUCCUUGACGGAGUUAGUUCUCCGUCGCCUGGCCUCCUGUUGCGACAACCCGACUGCGUUUGAAGAAGCCAUUCCCAAGUCAUUCAUGAUCAGCUCGGACAUGGCGCACGCUGUACACCCCAACUACGUAGAUAAGCAUGAGGAAAAUCACAGGCCAGCCCUUCACAAGGGGCCGGUGCUUAAAUUUAACAGUAACCAACGAUACGCCUCAAAUGCUGUCACUGCCGCCGUAGUGCGAGAGAUUGCUAACCGUGUGGAUGUCCCACUCCAGGAUGUCAUGGUGAGGAACGACAGUCCCUGUGGUACUACCAUCGGACCAAUCCUCGCCUCUGGCCUUGGGCUGAAGGUAUUGGACAUGGGCUCCCCACAGUUGGCCAUGCACUCUAUCCGAGAGAUGUGUUGUACAUCGAGUGUAUUGCAAACCAUCACAUUAUUCAAGGGUUUCUUUGACCUCUUCCCGUCUGUGAUCAACAACAUGACGGUAGACUGAGCUCAGUGGCUUCGUUUCUCCUGGAGGGUCAGAGGGCUGUCUGGCAGUACACAGGGUCGUUGGCCGGGACACCUCAAGCACACCCCCACCGCAUGAAACCCUCUGAAGGACAGUAACCUUUAAGUAUGCAACUUUCUUUAAUCAACCAAAAUUUGAAAACAAUUAAUAACUCGCUAGUUGAUAUUUAACAAAAAUGAAAUGAUAUGUUCGGCUCAGUGACUCUCCUGCUAUUCCUAAACGUUUUUUACUUGGAGUUUUGGGAGUCCUGUUCCAACCUUGUCCAGUUGUGUAUUUAGAAAGCUUAACCUGGUGAUGUCUCUACGCGGCCUGCUACAGGACAGACUCAUGCACCAUAGUAGGUAACUUGUUCCCACACGUGCUGACAGACUCGGACUCUCGUACACACCUGCAGCACUCCCAGUCAUGUCAGCAUAGAGCAGCAUCAGACAGAUGUGACACUGGCAUUCUCCCAGUUCUCUCAGGACUCUCAAUGGACAAAUGCAGUUAACAUUACCACAUUAAUCUCUCUCAGCUGCAUCUCUGGCAUCAUAGCCCAGAUAAAGUGAGACAGGAUGUUUGAAGGUAGUCAGUGCCUUGCCAGUACAACGAUGACUCACUCUUCACUCUGUUACGGGUCGACAAGGGAUUUUCUGCAGUGCAUGGGGCUUUUGCUAAUUAACUCCACCUGAAAAUCUUCUCUCUGAUACAAGCAAGAUGGGCUGAAUGGUCUCCAGCACUCUGACUUCAAUCUCAGGAACAAUUAUCAACACUGCGCUGGUAUAUUCUCAGAUAUAGAGACACACCCAGGUACAGACUGAAGGAAACUUAUCACUUUUUCUCACGAUGAAAUCACCUGCAUGUCUCUUUAA